AUGCAAGACGCCGUAGAACGAGCUCUGGACCGUGCGGACUAUGUCAUCGCGAGUGCCCAGCAGAGGCCUCCUAAAAGGAAAUGCUCGUCGAGUGGGGCAGCAACUCUGUUUGAAAAGCUUUAUGACAUCUACGUGGAAGAGUGUGGGAAAGAGCCCGAGGCUACGGAGGAACUGAGAAGCAACGCGAACUUGUUAGAGAAGCUGGUUAGGAGAGAGUCGUUGGCGUGUUUAGUGGUCAACCUACACCCAGGAGGGGAGGGAUACUCGCUGAUGCUGGAGGGGAAGCAGGGCUCGUGCUCGGAGACCAUUCGGCUGCCUUACGAGGAAGGCGAACUGCUUGAAUACCUGGAUGCUGAAGAGUUGCCUCCUGCCCUGGUGGAUCUCCUGGAACAAGCUCAGGUUAACAUUUUCCACUGUGGGUGUGUCAUAGCCCAGGUACGGGACUACAGGCAGUGCAGCCUCGCCGAGCCUGCCGGCUACCAGACCAGGCACGUUCUCCUGCGCCCCACGAUGCAGACUUUAGCCUGCGACGUGCAGUCCAUAACCAGCGAUGGCCAGCAGUGGACCGAGGAAGAGAAACUGUUGCUUGAGAGCCAGCUGAUCUUGGCUACCGCCGAACCCCUGUGUCUUGAUCCUUCUCUAUCAGUAGCCUGCGCUGCAAACAGGCUGCUCUAUAACAAGCAGAAGAUGAACACUCGCCCGAUGAAAAGGAGCUUCAAGAGGUAUUCCGCACCCUCGCUGACUCGCCAGCAGGAGCUGUCUCAAUGCCCACCUCCUCCCGAGCUGGGACUAUGGGCCUCUUGCAAAAAAAGCAGACAAAGCCAAGCCGGGCAGCGGUACGACCUCAAGAUUUCUAAAGCAGGGAGCUGUGUGGAUCUGUGGAAACGGAGGCCCUGUGACUUGGCCGUCCCUUCUGAAGUGGAUGUGCAGAAAUACGCCAGAGGGAAGAGGCCGGCCAGAUGCCACGUCUCCCCUGCAGGGGUCUGGCCAGCCCCCGAGGUAAGAGACGGUGGUGUGUUUGGCUAUGAAGGCGGCCGUGAGCCUCAGACCACGGAGCUGGCCUCCACGCAGCCGCCGAGCAACCCACCUUUCUGCGGACAGAGAAGGCCCUGGCACAGAGCCGGCUGUGAGCGACCGACGUCUCCUCCGCGCUCGGCCACAGAUGACCGUCCAAGCCGUGUCCCGCCCGAGUCCAAGGCUGACGCCGGGAGGCUAGUCAUUCGGCCGGAGGCGGUGGGCCAGCAGAAGGCCCGGGGCCCGGCCACCGCGUGGUCACCCGGCCCCGGCGGGCCCCCUCCCGGGAAACAAGCGCAACAGCCUACGACGAUGACGACGACGACGACGACGGCGGUGUCGGUUUGGUCUCCAGUCCUGGGGAAGGGCAUCAGACACCCACCUCUGCGCAUCAGACUUCCCUGGAGCUCAGGAGGGAGCUCGUCAGGUGACAGUUUUCCUCCAGGGGAGGAGGCCAGCAGCUUCCUUCAGUCGCCACCUCCCGCUCCUGCUCCGGCGCCACCCAGUCUUCCCCAGAAACCCUCCGUGGGCCUGACUGCAGUUAGCCCGCUUCCCGCAGCCGCCCUGUCCACCGGCAGCUCCUCGCAGAGGACCCUGGCGCCCAGGGUCCCUGCCGACUCCCAGCCGCCGCCUGGGGAAGCGAUCCGAGUUCGCGCGCUUCCCGCGGCCGCCCGGGCCGCCGCCAGCUCCUCACAGAGGCCCCCGGCCACCCCGGCCGUCCCGGCCACCCCGGUCUCGGCCACGGCCACGGCCAAGUCCCAGCCGCCGCCUGGGGAAGCGAUCCGAGUUCGCGCGCUCUCUGCAGCCGCCCUGGCCGCCGCCAGCUCCUCACAGAGGUCCCCGGCCACCCCGGCCACCCCGGCCACCCCGGUCUCGGCCAAGUCCCAGAAGCCCGCUGUGGAAUUGAUUCGAGUCAGCAUGUUUCCUGCAGGCGCUUUGCCCACCGCCGGCUCCUCAUCAAGAACCACGGCCACCCCGGUCCCGGUCAAGUCCCAGAAAUCCUCUGUGACACAGGACGCUGGAGUUAGCAGGCUGCCCACGACCACCCUGUCCCCCGCCAGCUCCUCCCAGAGCAGCCCGGCCACCCCGGUCACGGCCACGUGCGCCGGCCGCAGCGUCGUCCAAGCGGCGGGCCCUGGUGGCGGAGCCCAGGCUGUGGCGGGGGCCUGCAGCCCCAGGCAGGGCUCUACCGCCGGCUCCGCGGCUCCUGCGGCAAGUAAGCCCAGCAGCGUGCCCGAGCCCUCGGGAGCUCGGCCGCCAGAGGCAGUGUCCUCUGCGCCGCCGGUCCGCGUUCAGUUUUUUUUAAAAAGCGCUUCAGGCCUCAGGCCAGUGACUCUCCUGGAGCUUCCGCAAGAUUCGCUCCUUUUGAACGCCGGGCAGCAGCCAGAGCAGAAGGUCUAUCAGCUGAUUCCCCAGGACCAACUCCAGCAAGCCCUCACUCCCGGCCCUCCGCAGCCAGUGCCACAGGGGUCAAGUGCACAAGGCGCGGCGAGUCCAAGAGCGGCCUCUUCUGCUCAGCCAGCCGUGCUCGUGAAGUUCGGUGCAAAAGGGAGUUUGCCGCAGCCCCAGGCAGCGGUGUCGGCGCUGGCACAGCUCGGCUCUGCAGAGAGCCAGAGAACACCCGGGCAGAGCCAGCCUCGUCCUCUGCAGGCACUGCAGCUGUCCCCUGCGGCGUCGUCGCAGCCCCAGCCCCAGCCCCCGCCCCGGGGUCAGCCCCAGCUCCAGGGCCCAGCCCCAGCCUCAGCUCCAGAAGCAGGUACAACAGCUGAGAAUCUUGCAGGGCCCUGCAGCUGUGACAAUGGUAGCAGCCCAGAUGCCUGGGCCACCUCAGGGCCAGCAGGCCGCAAGCCAGUCCAAAGUGUACGGGCUCAGCAGCUUUUGAGUGUGCGGUUCAGCGAUGCUGACUGGAUUCGCGUCGUUGCGUGA